AGAAACACUUCCUCUCUUGAAUUUCCUCCUAAGCAAAAGAAACUCAUUUUUCUCCCAUCUUCUCUUCUGCUUUAUCUUAAAAUUGCCCGUCUCUCGUAUAUGACCUCAGCAAAAUAAGCCUCUUUCUUUCUCAUUCUGUCGAAGGAAAAAGCUCCCUUUGGCCUUUUUUCUCUCUUAGGCACUCAUCAAACACCUAAGAAACUGUUGCUUUUCUUUCCUUUUCUCUUCUCUCACCAUGACAGAAAGAGUUUACCCUUCUUCGAAACCUCCCAUUAAUGGCAACGCUACCACCACCAACCCCUCUUUUCCGGCCACCAAAGCUCAGCUCUAUGGAGCCAGCCGUCCUGCCUACCUUCCUCAACCCCAACGUAAACGCAGCCGUCGGAGUUGCUGCUGUGUUUGUUUUUUCUGGGUAUUCUUUAUCAUAUUUGUAAUCCUCCUUCUUGCUGCCAUAGCUGGUGCCAUCAUCUAUGUUAUCUACCGUCCCCACCGGCCCACCUUCUCCGUCUCCGGCUUCAAAAUCUCCUCUCUCAACCUCACUUCAUCUUCCCAUCUCACCACUAAUAUCAACAUGAACAUCACUGCACGAAACCCCAACAAGAAGCUCGUCUACAUCUACAACCCUGUCACCAUCGUUGUAACCACAGACAAAGAUGAUAUUCUUAUAGGAAAUGGCUUGUUACCCUCUUUUGUGCAUGGCACCAAGAACACGACCUUGCUGAAAGCUACCAUCACAAGCAGUGGUCAACAGCUAGACGAUGCCUCUUCUAGCCGAUUAAAGACAGAUUUGAAGAGCAAAAAUGGCUUGGAUUUGAAGAUAGAGCUGGAAACUAAGGUGAAACUGAAGAUGGGAGGAUUAAAAACACCAAAAAUCAGGAUUAGAGUAGCCUGUGAUGGGAUUAAAGCUACUGUUCCUAGUGGGAAAACGGCAACUACUGCUUCAGUUUCUAAAGCCAAAUGCAAAGUUGAUUUGAGGAUCAAAAUCUGGAAAUGGACUUUCUGAGUUGAAUUCAUCAGUGUUUAAUUUAGAAAGAAAAAGGCGUGAUAUUUGUUUUCUUUUUUCAAUUAAUUUUCAUAUAUGUUUUUUCUUUUGCAUUUUUUUUUAAAAAUUUUUUCGCAAGUAUAUGUAUAAUGUUUCUCUUCUUUUA